GGUGGACACAACCUAAUGUCUGCUUGCAAAGGCUCCCCCUGGCUGCAGAGAUGAGAAUACAGUCUAGGGAGCAAGGGCGAAGCCCCGGAGAGGGGUUUGGAGACCCACAGCAAUUCACUGAGAGUCCAGAGAGGGGUCAUGAGAAAUGCUCAGUUCUGGUUUUAUUUGGAAGGUAAAGGCAACAUGAGUUUUUGACGGAUUGGGUGUGGAGCAUCAGAGAAAAAAAAUUUCAGCCUGUGCAACAGAAAAAACAAACUCAUCAUUGAAAUGAAGUGGGAAAAACCAUAGGAAGUGAAGUUUUGGAGGGCAAUUCCCUUAUACCCCUUAAUAAAUACAUUUUUUAUGUGCAUGAGGACUAUUUUGGAAUUAGAAUUGGACUCUGCUUUUUACUAAUGGUAUAAAUAUGAUUAAAUUGUUUAACCUCUUGACCCUCAGUUUCCUCAUCUAUACAAUGGGAAUAAUAAUAACUACCGUACAGGUCUGUAGUAUGGAUCAGCAAUAAUCUGGUAAAAUACCUUGCACAGUGCCUGACGCAUAGGACAUGCUUUGUUUAUGUUAGCGAAAUAAGUGCUCGAACAAGUGAAAUACCUGUGGGCUUGAUAAUUAAGUAGGAAAGGCCAGAAUUAUGGACACUGUAUGUUCACUCAUUCACUUUUUAGUAUGCAUUUAAAAACACUGGGACGCGUAGAAAACUUUGAUUCCUAGUUCAUCCCAUAAUCCACCCAAAGGUGCAUCACUUUUUUUUUUUUUUUGCAGUACACGGGCCUCUCACUGUUGCGGCCUCUCCCGUUGCGGAGCACAGGCUCCGGACGCGCAGGCUCAGCGGCCAUGGCUCACGGGCCCAUCCGCUCCGCGGCAUGUGGGAUCUUCCCGGACCGGGGCACGAACCUGUGUCCCGUGCAUCGGCAGGCGGACUCUCAACCACUGCGCCACCAGGGAAGCCCCCAAAGAUGCAUCACUUUGAUGGAGAUUUUAAACCUGUAGGAAAAUGGGAAAGUAGCUGGGGACGAGCAGAGACCAUAACUCGAUGAGGAUGCAGCCAUCUCCCUGGUGCUCCCCAGUGCUCAGCAUAUGGUUUUCAGUGAUGUACUGAAUGGAUAAGCAAAUGGACAAUUGAAAAAUGUUCUAAUCAUUAUGGAGAUGAGAAGACUGAGCCUCAGGGAAGCGACGAGGCUCUCCUGAGGACACAGGGCUGGAGAGCCACAGAGAAGGCGCUUGAACCACAUCUGGGCAUCUAGGAGGCCCGCACUGGUUCUGCCUCUGCUGACCCUCAAGGCUGAUUCCUUACGUCCUAGCAGUUACCUCUUCAGAGGGGCCUUCCCCGGCCACUCCUCCUACAAACCAUGUGUUCACAUAACCUGAACGUGGAUACCAAACACCCCAAGCAGAAAAGAGAAUUAACCGGAGCGCAAAUCCAGCAAGUCAGUUCCAGAUAGUUAAGAAAUAGAAAAGUUUCACAAAGGAGAAGGCAAGGAUGAAGAAAAGUACAUUGAUGUGGUGAUUAAUAAGAACAUGAAGCUGGGACAGAAAGUGUUGAUUCCUGUAAAACAGUUCCCUAAGUUCAACUUUGUGGGAAAACUUUUGGGGCCACGUGGCAAUUCUCUGAAGCGCUUGCAAGAAGAAACCUUGACAAAAAUGUCCAUCCUUGGAAAAGGCUCCAUGAGAGACAAGGCAAAGGAAGAAGAGUUGAGGAAAAGUGGAGAAGCAAAGUACUUCCACCUCAAUGAUGAUCUCCAUGUUCUGAUUGAAGUGUUUGCCCCGCCAGCAGAAGCCUAUGCCCGUAUGGGACAUGCUCUGGAGGAAAUCAAAAAGUUCCUCAUUCCGGACUAUAAUGAUGAAAUCAGGCAAGCACAGCUCCAGGAAUUAACAUAUUUGAAUGGUGGUUCAGAAAAUGCAGAUGUACCAGUUGUUCGAGGGAAACCUACCUUGCGUACAAGAGGUGUACCAACCCCAGCAAUAACCAGGGGAAGGGGAGGAGUCGCGGCCCGGCCAGUGGGAGUCGGGGUACCGCGAGGGACGCCGACUUCCAGAGGAAUCCUUUCCACCCGAGGGCCAGUGAGUCGAGGAAGAGGACUUCUCACUCCCAGAGCAAGAGGCGUCCCCCCAACUGGGUACAGACCUCCACCACCGCCCCCAACACAAGAGACCUAUGGAGAUUAUGACUAUGAUGAUGGAUAUGGCGCUGCUUAUGAUGAACAGAGUUAUGAUUCCUAUGAUAACAGCUAUAGCGCCCCAGCCCAAAGUGGUGCUGAUUACUAUGAUUAUGGACACGGACUCAGUGAAGAGACUUAUGAUUCCUACGGGCAAGAGGAGUGGACAAACUCAAGACACAAGGCACCCUCGGCGAGGACAGCAAAGGGCGUCUACAGAGACCAGCCAUACAGCAGAUACUGAUUGUACUGUCUGAUGUUGUGACAUAGCCAGUCUCCACCAGUCCUGUAUACUGUUCAAAGUAAUUGUUUUCUAUGAACAAUCCCUUUUUAAAUAAAUCAAAAUGCUUAACAUCUGAAUGGAUGGAAUUUAAAAUUACUUUGUUGAAACAUCAACCUGGGCAGAAAAAAGAAAAAAAAAAAGACAUGUAAAAUUUUGUUAUUUCCAGUCUGUAUAUGAAAAAAUAGGUCAUCAAAAGGAAAAAAAAUAACUUUGAUUAACUAGUGUUAAACAAAAAAGAUAGGUUUACUAAAUAUGUUAAUCCAUCCUUUUAACAUAAGCCUCACCUUUCAUUUUAAAGGUUUCCAUAGAAAUUUAGUUAUUUUAUCUUUCAGCCAUAUGCUAGUUUUUUUUUUUCUCUUGCCAACAUGCGUAAAAAGGGAAGCCAAUUACAAGUGCAAAUAAUGUGGUAUUCUUUUGUAACUCAAGUCUUGAAAUGUUCUGUAGUGUUAAGCAAAGUCUCCUCUUGCUUGAUACUAAAUAAACUUUUGAAAGAAAUUUUGUGUGUGUGA